UCGUUUGACAAUCACCUGAGUUUCUUGAAAUUUGCUUGCUUAUUCUCCCGAGGUUGAAAUGUGCAAAAUUCGAAUUCGAAAAGCAAUUUUUCAAGUAUAAUGCAGUUUAUUCGACCAAACCUGCUUUUCCUUUUCCUUGUUUACCCCUUCAUAAUUAACGACGCCUUGCCUUACGAUUCUGUCGAGUUCAUUUUGACAGAUCCCAAAACAAAACAGGGAGCAGAAUGUCGCAAUUUAAACAUCUACUUCUGCAUGAGACGAUUUGUGACUACGGAUGUUAACAUUUCUCGCGUUGCUCAGUGGAAUGACUCAACAGAAUUUGAGAUCCUAAGUCGCUACAAUUACAGAAGCAUCAAUUGGUACUCAUUCGAUGAAUCUGAGCCUACAGCAUGCUGCAAAUUUCAGAUCCGAACUUAUGAAUUGUUUGGUCAGGACUAUGGAAUGUCUCCUCAAGACUACAUGAACAAAAUGACAGACUUUUCUAGCGAUGGAAAACGCUUAAGAAACGUCAAG